UUGUAAUGCUUAUAAACUACAUAUAUUUUCCAGAUAUAAACAAAUAAGGAAUUUUUACAUUGUUGGUGAAUAUUAAAUGUAUAAAAUGUCAGAGAUUAAUGGAAUAAAUUAUGUUACUUCAUCACAAAAAAUAUCGCAAAAAACAUCCAAACUUGGUUUAUAUCUUAUUGGAAUAACAGGUGGUAUUGCAACAGCUAUUAGUGUGAUAUGUAUUCCAUUCGUGAGUCCCGCAUUUCGUAAAAUAUGUUUGCCGUAUGUACCAGCAACAACUCAACAAGUACAAAAUGUAUUGCAAGCUUUAGAAGGACGUGCUGGUUCUUUAAUUGACCUUGGUAGUGGAGAUGGACGUAUAGUUUUUGCAACAGCAAAAUCAGGAUUUAAAGCCCAUGGAAUUGAAUUGAAUCUGUGGUUGGUAUUAUAUUCUAGACUAAAAGCUUUAAUUACAAGAUCAUUUUUAAAAACAACAUUUAUAAGACAGAAUUUAUGGAAACAUAACUUAAAAGAAUAUGAUAAUAUUGUUUUAUUUGGUGUUGAUCAAAUGAUGAAAGAUGUUGAAACAAAGUUUGUUAAAGAGUUACAAGAAGAUUGUGUGAUAGUUACUUGCAGAUUUCCGCUUCCAACUAUGAAUGCAAUUAAAAUAAUUGGCGAAGGGGUUGAUACUGUUUGGGUAUAUAAGAUUGCAAUGAGUUUAAAAUAA